AUGAAAGGCUACCGAGAGGCAGGAGAGGCAGCCCCGAAAGUGAUGUAUGUGGACAGAGAUUGCUGCAGUCUUCAUGGCAAGUCUCAGGUGAAUGUCAUGUUUUCGGAGUGGGAUGAGCUUGAAGUGCGCCUUGACAUCUGGCAUUUCAUGCGGCGAUUUGCUGCAGGUGUCACGACAGAGGCUCAUCCGCUCUAUGGGAUCUUCAUGGCACGUCUGUCCAUGUGCAUCUUUGAGUGGGAUCCAGAUGAUGUGGCUGCUCUUCACAGUGCAAAGGAGGGUGAGCUGGCAGCAAAGAAGGCUGGCCACAUCUCAGGAAAGGCGCUGAGUGCCCGCAUUACCCCGAGAGAGUUGGCACUGCACUGCCGGAGGAGGACCAGGGGUGUGGAGGAGACCACCAGAUUGAUUGGAUCUCUGGUUGAUCUGUUUGACAGUGCGAGUGGUAAAGACACUCUGGGAGUUCCUCUGCUGGACCAUGAAUGGAUCCAGCAGAUUUGGAAAGAACAGCGUAAGCACGUACAGUGUAUCCAAGACCCUGAGAACUUUCCCCUCUACACGAAGACAGGGACACUGAAGAAAGGCGGAACCAGUGCCAGUGAUGCACAUUUUCAGGCUUAUCUUCUUGAGGGCUUGAUGCGCUGGAAUGAUGACAGGAUGGAAGAUGCCAUAAAAGGAGCGUCCUCCAUCCGGACAUAUGGCAGUGCCAUGAAAGAGGCUGUGGACAAGCUUUCCCGAACUGUCUUCGGAAAGCCCUGGGAUGAGCGCUAUCGCCCUCCUGGAGCAUAUACAGGUGAAUUGCUGGGAAUGGAGUACCUUUACAGCCAGACUGGCAAAACACUUACUCCAGUGCUCCAGAACCCAGAGGAGGAAGACAGGCUGGUGGAGGAAGUUGAUGAUCAGGACCUGCAAGAUGAGGGGUUUGAGGAAGAGAUCAUGGAGGACAUCACAGUUCCAGUGCUGUAUGAGGAUGACCCUUGCCGUUAUCUUGAAAACAGCCCCUCAUCUUUGCCUUUGCAUCAGUCCCCAGCAUCGAUGGCUGAUGUGUUACUGGCUGAGCCGUCCACAUCAUCAUCUCCUGGUGGAGAACGACAGCAUCUUGCCCCUGCCCAUUCAGUGCUGUCACAGCCAUCUGACACUGGAAGCAGUAUUUCCGACGAGGCUCAGGGAGCAGUCAUUGGACCCGAUGGCAUCGCUGGGUGGGACAAGGUCCUGGAUUUGGCUGGUUUCCUGGUGGGUCUUCGUGAGGCUCCUUACCUUACUGACCAGCAGGUGACAGAGGCCAUCCAGCUGUGGAAAGCUCUCCUAGAUUUCGACAAACAGCGGGUCAACUAUCAGCCUCGACAUCAGCCUCAGCUGACACAUGGGCGCUAUUAG